GUCAAACGUCCCUGUAUCUGGCCUGAGGUAGGCGGGUUUUCGAUUUCCUUCGGCGUGAGUCAUGGGCUUUCAAAAUUUCAGAGGGAGAGGAGGUGGUUCACGUGGUUCCCAGGGUGGUUUUCGAAGAGGCUCCAGGGGAGGAGGAUUUUCUGAUAAGUUUCAAAGUGGUCCACCUGAAGAGGUUGUCGAAGUUGGAGUAUUCGCUCAUCCAUGUCAAGAAGAUAUUGUCUGUAAAAUCACAUCGGAAAAAAUACCUUACUCAAAUGCUCCUGUUUAUUUGGCGAACAAAGAAGAAAUAGGCAAAGUCGAUGAAGUUUUUGGCCCAAUUAAAGAUGCAUACUUUUCAAUCAAACUUUCAGAUACACUUAAAAGUAAAUCUUUUCAAGAAGGCGUUAAGUUUUUUAUGGAUCCUGCCAAGUUUCUCACACUUGAUCGCGUGAUGAACCCAAAUUCUAGUAGAGGGAAAAGAGGUGGUCGUGGUGAUCAAAGAGGUGGUCGGGGCGGACAUGAUUUUUCACGUGGUCGAGGAAGGGGGGAUUCUCGGGGUGGUCGUGGCGAUUUCCGAGGAGGACGUGGUGGUUCUCGUGGACGGUGGAGUGAUGGAGGUGGUCACAGUAAUCGAGGCGGAUUUCGUGGUGGGAGGGAAAUGAAUGGUCAGCGUGGUGGUGAACGUCAUUCAUUCGGCGGAAAGCGAGGCGCAAAUUUUUCUGCAUCUAAUACACCACAAAUAGAGAAUUCGGCUUAACGCACUCAACUUAUUUGCAAGUGGUAACCGAGGCAACCCGAAAUAUCAGAUAUGGUUUGUGAUUGUUUAUAUUUUCAUCUACAUCGCCACGCCUCGAAAAUGACAAAAGGUUAUUCAUUAUUAUUUAUAAAUGUCUACGAGAAAUAUCAAUAUUAUUACAGUUCCACCAGGUAAAACCCUCUUACUAUUUGGCCUACUUUCCUGCCCAAAUUUUUAUCCGUUUUCCACUAUUUUGUCUUAAUUCGUUCAACGUUAAUAGGCAGAAACUCUAAAUAUUAAAGAAUCAACAAAACGUUAAGAGCUCCUUUACAUCAUGUAACAAUAAUACUAACUUGCUAUUAUUACAGUAAUGGGGUAAUCAGCCAUUCA